CAGUUCAACAGGCUCUGGAGUGCCACCCAUUAGCCACCCACAUGCUAGUUAUUUGCACUGAAUUCUUUUCACCUUCUUGUUUGUAGCCCUCUUUCUAUGCAGAUCAUGUAUCCAACUUUGUUCUGAUUUGGAAUGUCUCUAUGAUGCAACUAUCAUGUGACUUGAGUUUCUCUCUCUCUUGUUUCUGAAGAAUAGGUAGGGCUAUGAUCAAAAGCACAGUGGCUUUAAUACUCUUCUUACUCUUGAGAAGGAAACUGCUUGUUAAAGUGUUCCUUUUAAGAAUUGGGAAAGAAAAUUUCAUGGGGAUAGUUGUAGAAACUGUUUUGUUGAUACACCUGUCGAUUCAUGUUGUGCUGAAACACAAUCUUAUGGUACAUACAUAUUAUUUCCUGUUAAGUUUCUCAGCUAUAUUCAAAUGACAGGCCAGGCCAGCCCAGCCAAUAAUUGUUCUGCAUGACUAAUCUUAGAAUUCUUUUAUAGUUUUCCGUUACCAUAGAGAUCUCUAUGGGCUUUGCCCAGCCCUGCAGUGAACAUAUCCCAAGUAAUUAAACAAACAGAAACACGCUAAGGCUAAGUAUCUGUUACUCGGACCGUUGCUGCCGUCAUCAUCUUUGGAGAAAAAUCUAACAUAAUUGACAAGAAAAAACAGAAAGCUAUGAUGGACAAAAGAACAUAUGUUUGCCUUGUUGUCUCCAUCAUACUGAAGGCAGUUUCACUUCAGACUAAAGACUACAUUCCAGCGAUAAAUGCCACAUCUAGGACUGAAAGGCUGACUGUUUCCAGUACAGAAGCAGCCAACAUCACUAUAUUGCAGAAUGGAAGUGCCAGCUUGAGUACAUUUGCAACAACAGUGAAUAUUACCAACUUUCCUAUGCCUCUACAAAGCACCCAUUCUCCUAAUACAGAAACAUCGGCUAUCACUGCUGAAGCCAAAACUGAGAUGACAUUUCCAACAGAGUCAUUCUCUACUAAUUCUACACAUCACGCCACAGUUGAAGAUUUCAAUGUCACAACUUCAGCUACCACAUUAAAACCGACAGUCCAGCCUUCUAGAACUGCACCACUGAUCAGCAGCAAGGGCUACCUUUCAGUUUCAGCAAUUCAGUUUCCAGCAGAAGGAGCUGGUUUGAGCAAUUCAGAUAUCAUCCUAACCAUAUUUUUUGCCAUUGUUCUCGCACUGACAAUUCUCGGAUUCAUUAUAUAUAUUUUCAAUAAAUAUCGAAAACGAAGAGACCAAUUUUCCCAUCAUCCACUCUAUGAUGCCUCUUUUGAAACAGUGGACAGAUAUGCUACUCCAGAUGACACACUUGUAAUAUCUGGAGGCUUAUAUGAUGCACCAAGAAUUUCUAAUUCCAACAUGACAGUGUAUGACGAUGAUGAGCUUCAAAUUGAUCAGUUACCAUUUAGUGCUCAACCUGGACAAUACAGACUGGAGUUUCUGCCUGGUGAAAAAGAAGUGAACUUUUCUUCAACUUAUGAGGGAACAUUUCAGAUACCACCAGGAGGCAUAUAAUUUUUGGAACACAGGAACUCUUUUAAAGUGGCUUCAAUAAAUAUUUGAACUUCUAUCCAGCUCAAUAAAAAUAAGAAAAUAAAAUUAAUAAAGUAUAUUUAUUUGAAAACAAGGAACAUUUCCAGCAGUGGAAUACAGUUAUCUGCUACUCAGUGACAACAAAUGACGUUCAAUUUCAUUGGUAAUAUUGUGCUUAAUUAAAUAACAUGAGCCUU